AAUGUUUCUUUAGAUUUAACUCUCAUCCUUGUUUUUGAAUCUCCAUUGCUAUGCUCCUAACUCUGUAACCGCCUACAGUCCUGCAAAUGUCUGAGAGAUUUCUGCACUCUCCAAUUCUUUACCUUAAGGAUCCAUGACAGCUGAUCCACACCACUGACAACUCCAUUUCGUUGACUUGAUCCUAAGCCCUGGAAUACCUUUCCCAAACUUGACCUCUUUUUCUAAAAAGAACUUCGGUCAAGCAUUUUGUUUUACAAAUGUGGUUUAAGUAUAUGUAAAAUAAUUAGCGUUGGUGAUAUUUAAUUCAAGUUAUUGAAAUAAGCGUUCCGUAUUUGACCUUCCGCAAGCAAUUCUCGUUGGUGAUUUGACAAAAUGGCGGAAAUGAAUUCUCGAGGAGGUUCGGAGUUUGCUAAACGAGUCGACCCGAAAAGGGACAAUUUGACCAAGGAACAGAUUGAGUUCAUGCAGAAAGUCGAGCUGGCUCAAUGGCAUAAAAACAUGCAGAAAAGGCGCGGAAGGAAUGUAAUUACAGGUUUAGCUAUCGGGGCAAUCGUGUUGGGCAUCUAUGGAUACACAUUUUAUUCGGUAUCACAGGAACGUUUUUUGGAUGAUUUGGAAGAAGAAGCAAAAGGUGUUCGAGCAAGAAGUAAUUCUAAGACUUCAGUAAACUGAAACACUUAGUUUGCGUAGUUUGUGUAUUUCUGAUUUAUGACUGGUUAAAUUGAACAACUAUGCAACUAUUAUAUAUUAGCGGAAAUUAAACAUGGUGGAUCAAGAUGUACGUUUUUCAGAGUGCACAGAGGUUUUUAUUUUCUGUCUCUGUCUUUGACUGCCUUUAUCCAGAAGUGAUCUUGUGUUAGUCUAAACAAAGAUACAACUUAUUAAAUCUAUGACUUCUGAGACUUGUAUAUGGCAAAAUUAAAUGUAUACAUUUGCUGCUGUAAUAAACUUUGAUUAUAAUUAUCUUUCCUAUCCCAUUGACAGUUUGAAAAGUAUAAAAGUUAUGAUUCAUAUUAUGAAAAGUUAUGUCAUGUCCUACUAAUUCCAUAGCAAUGAAAUUGAAGUCCACACUGUGUAAAAACUUUUCAUAGAAUUGAAAAAUUUAACAUGAAUGAGGUGAUAAUGUUAAGCUCCUUGUCAUUAACAAGUUAUUGAUACCCAUACAGGUAUUUAAAUGGAAGAAGCAAAAACCUGCUCAUGUUCUCAAAAGCUAUGACUACAGGAACAUUUUUUGCUUUUGUGGCAGGAUGCCCAAAUCAAUUUAGUGAUUCCAUCUUUUCCAGUUCUACAGUAGUGUUCUCUUUAAGAUUUUCUUGUUGCCACCGAUUAGCUUUUUCCUCCCACUGUACAGCUCCUGAAUUGUUUACGGAGCAGCUAUAUAUGCAUAGUACUUAACAUGGAACUGAACUUAUUAACCUUCCAGGAUGCUAUUAAGCUUAACAUGAGUACAGCUCUACAGCGUUAUUUUCAUUAUCAUGUUUUUAAAAUUCUUGUGUGGGAUGUGGGCAUUGCUGGCAAGGCCAACAUUUUUUGCCCGUCUCUAAUUAUUUUUAUUGACUCAUGGAAUGUGAGUGUCCUUGGUUGGACCAGCAUUCAUUGCCCAUUACUAGUUUCCCUUGAGGAGGUGGUGGUGACCUGCCUUCUUGAACCGCUGCCAUCUAUUUGGCGUAGGUACGUGCACAAUGCCCAGGCAUAUCCACCCAGGGAGGGAGUUCCAGGAUUUUGACCCAGUAACAUUGAAGGAAUGGUGAUAUAUUUCCAAGUCUAGAUUGAGAGUGGUUUGGAGUGGAACUUUCAGGUGGUGAUGUUCCCAUGUAUCUGCUGCCCUUGCCCUUCUAGAUGGUAGUGCUCAUGGGUUUGGAAGGUGCUAUCUAAAAAGCCUUGGUGAAUUUCUGCUGCACAUCAUGCAGAAGGAGCACACUGCUGCUACUGAAUGUCAGUGGUGGAGGGCAUGAAUAUUUGUGGAUGUGGUGCCAAUCAAGUAAGCGCUUUGUCCUGAAUCGUGUCAAACUUCUUGAGUGUUGUUGGAGCUGCAUUCAUCCAGGCAAAUGGGAAGUAUUCCAUCACGCUUAAGACUUGUGACUUAUAGAUGGUAGACAGGCUUUGGAGAGUCAGGUGCUGAGUUGGUUGCUGCAAGAUUCCUAACCUCUGAGCUGCUCUUGUAGCCACAGUACUUCUCUGACAAGUCCAGUUCAGUUUCUGGUCAAUGGCAAACACACAGGCUGUUGAUAGUGAUGGAAUUCAGUAAUGGUGAUGCCAUUAAAUGUGAUGAGGUAAUGAUUACCUUCUCUCUUGUUGGAAAUGGUCAUUGCCUGGCACUUGUUUGGUACAUGUUACAACUUGUCAGCCCAAGUCUGGAUAUUGUGGACUGCUUCAGUAUCUGAGGAAUUGUGAAUGGUGCAGAACAUUGUGCAGUCAUCAACCAACAUCCCCACUUCUGAUUCUAUGAUGGAGGGAAGGUCAAUGAUGAAGCAACUGAAGAUGGUUGGGCCAAGGAGACUACCUCGAAGAACUCCUGCAAAUAUGUCCUGUAGCUGAACUGACUGACAUCCAACAACCAUAACCAUCUUCCUUUGUGCCAUGUGUAACUCAACCAACAGAGAAGUUUCCCACCCUGAUUCCCAUUGUCUCCCCAUUUGCUAGAGAGCCACACUCAGUCAAAUGUGUGACAAAAACAGAUGUUGCUAGAGAAACUCAGCAGCAUCUGUGAAGAGAAAGCAGGGUUAAUGUUUCACGACCAGUGACCCUUCUUCAGAACUGAUGGCAGCUAGGAAAAAGGUGGUAUCUACGCUGAACACUGGGUGGGAAGGAAAAGUAGUGAGGGGAAAGGCAGAGAUGGAGCGCAGAGACAGACAGAACAACAGUUAGGGAGAUAAAUGGAUUGAUAAUAGUGUGCUCAGGAGAAAGAAAACCUGAUAAUGGGGACCAUUAGUAAGUGAAAAUGGGUUGGCUGUGCUUAAAGCAGCUCAAGUCAUGACAGGCUGGGGUGUGGGGGUGGGUAAAAGGACAUAGAAGAGGGUGUACAGGUUCUGAAAUUAUUGAACUCGAUACUGAGCCCUAAGGGCUGCAGGGUUCCCAGACAGAAAAUGAGAUGCUGUUCUUCCAGCUUCCAGGUGAAAUAACAACAACAAUUUGCCUGUAUUUCAUUCAAUCUAGUAUACUGUAUUUGCUGCUCACAACAUGGUCUCCUCCACACUGAGUAGACGAAACACAGGCUUUAUGGAACAUCUAUGUUCUGUCAGCACAAAUGACCCAGACCUUCCAGUUGCCUGCUGCUUUACACACCACCGUAUUCCCUGGCCAACAUUUGUGUCUUGGGCCUGCUGCAGCGCACAGCUUGAUUAUGUACAGUAGAAUAAGAUCCUAGAGGAUUGUAUGGCUAGAUGAGGUUACAGAGAUAGGAAGACGUGAGACCCUGGAGCGAUUUGAAAUCAAGGCUGGGAACUGUAGUAAAGAACAGCAACGAUACAACAGCAACAAGCCUUUUGUCUUUGUCUCUGCUUUAAAAGAAUUAUUGUGCUCUUGCCUCAAAUGGCCAAUUUACUCCUCUUUUCCCUCCCUAACACGGAAAAAGAACUGCAAUCUAAUAACUUUUCUAGAGGCCAGCUCAUCAAGAUCAUUGCCACACCGAUGUUGAAAUUACACGGUAUUUUCUGUUAAAAGUUUGGGACGUGAUGAACAAUUCUCAAAUUUUACAAUUGCUGAAUAAACUUGAGAAAUGUUAAUGUUG